UCCUUUUCCUGUAGCUCCUUUGGAUAAACCUUUUAGUUUGGUGUUGCCGUUCUUGAAUUUUGCUGGGCGAAUCUCAACAGUUCGGAAAGAACAAAGAUGCCAAUAUAACAACACUGGACAACCGAGAAUAAGAAGCAACAUUGAAAAGCAAAGCAAAUUGAAGCAGAAAUAAAAAAAUAUUUUCCAUUUCCUUCAGAAAGUUUAUUGUGGAAAAAGUACAGAGUUCAAAUCACAAGAGGAUCCACACUGGAGAUCAGCCAUAUAAAUCCUCUGAAUGUGGCAAAAGCUUUGGUCAGAAUAGCUCCCUUGUGAUUCAUAGAAGUAUCCACAUAGGACAGAUGACCUACAACUGCUCCCAAUGUGGUAAAUGCUUUCGCAAGCAUGACAACUUUGUGAUACAUCAGCAGACUCACACCAGGGAGAAGCCAUACAAGUGUCCAGAUUGUGGGAAAAGUUUCACUGCAAAUUCCCACCUGGUGAUACACCAGAGGACUCACAAAGGAGAGAAACCCUUUGAAUGUCCUGCAUGUGGGAAAAGCUUCAGUCAAAAUUCACACCUGGUGAUACACCAGAGGACUCACACAAGAGAGAAACCCUUUGAAUGUCCUGAGUGUGGGAAAAGUUUCAGUCAGAAUUCCCACCUGGUGAUACACCAGAGGACUCACACAAGAGAGAAACCCUUUGAAUGUCCUGAUUGUGGGAAAGGUUUCAGUGUCAAUUCCAGCCUGCUGAUACACCAGAGGAUUCACACAGAAGAGAAACCCUUCGAAUGUCCUGAGUGUGGGAAAAGUUUCAGUCAGAGUUCCCACCUCAUUGGCCACCAGAGGACUCACACAGGAGAGAAACCCUUCGAAUGUCCUGAGUGUGGGAAAAGUUUCAGUCAGAGUUCCCACCUCAUUGGCCACCAGAGGACUCACACAGGAGAGAAACCCUUCGAAUGUCCUGAGUGUGGGAAAAGUUUCAGUCAGAGUUCCCACCUCAUUGGCCACCAGAGGACUCACACAGGAGAGAAACCCUUCGAAUGUCCUGAGUGUGGGAAAAGUUUCAGUCAGAGUUCCCACCUCAUUGGCCACCAGAGGACUCACACGGAGAGAAACCCUUUGAAUGUCCUGAUUGUGGAGAAAGUUUCAUUGCAAAUUCCCACCUGGUUAAACACCAGAGAAUUCACACAGGGGAGAAACCCUUUGAAUGUCCUGAAUGUGGGAAAAAUUUCAGUCGGAAUGACCACCUAGUGAUACACCAGAGGAUUCACACAGGAGAGAAACCCUUCAAAUGUCCUGAGUGUGGGAAAAGUUUCAGUCAGAAUUCCAGCCUGAUGAAACACCAGAGGACUCACACAGGAGAGAAAC